AUUUUAAACUGUUAUAUAUAUUCCGCUACUAUCCUCUUUGUAAAUACGAGCCUAUUAGUAAUUUCCCGCCGUAUAUUCUAAAGUGCUGUUGGCAUUCCUUUUCGCAACAAGGAAAUUUGGCUACCCUGUGUGUUACUGCCACCAUACGCCCAGCAUCCAUGUUGGAAACGUCAUAAGUUAAAGUCGGUGUUUAUGGGAAGAAAAUGCCAAUGACGCCGCAAUUAUCACCAGUUGAGGAGCAGGAGAAGCUUCUAGAUGAAGCUCUCAACAUUGUUAAGUCACAAGCCUUUCAGAUGAAGCGAUGCCUGGACAAGGCAAAGUUGAUGGAUGGCCUCAAACAUGCAUCUACAAUGUUGGGCGAGCUUCGUACUUCAAUGCUUUCACCAAAAAGUUAUUACGAACUCUAUAUGGCAAUUACAGAUGAAUUGCGUCAUCUAGAACUCUACUUAUUGGAUGAAUUUCAGAAAGGUCGAAAAGUUACAGACCUGUAUGAGUUGGUCCAAUAUGCAGGAAAUAUUGUACCUAGAUUGUAUCUUCUUAUCACUGUUGGUUUGGUAUACAUCAAAACAAAUCCGUGUCUAAAACGUGAUCUGCUCAAAGAUUUAGUUGAGAUGUGCAGAGGUGUACAACACCCUUUGCGAGGUCUGUUUCUGCGCAACUAUUUGCUACAAUGUACACGUAAUGUGUUACCAGAUGUUGCAGAAGCAGAAAAUGAGAGUGAAGGAACUGUCCGUGAUUCAAUAGAUUUUGUAUUGAUGAACUUUGCUGAGAUGAAUAAAUUAUGGGUGCGAAUGCAGCAUCAGGGUCAUUCCCGUGAGAGAGAAAGGCGAGAGAGGGAGCGUGAAGAAUUACGUAUUCUGGUUGGAACAAAUCUGGUUCGCCUUUCCCAGUUGGAAACUGUUAACUUGGAUAAAUAUCGUAAGGUUUUUCCUGAUGAAUUUCAUCUUCAAACUCUCAACACUUUCCUUAAAUCAUGUGCUGAACUAAAUGUCGGAGUCAAUGUGAAGAAUAUAAUAAUAUCUUUGAUUGACCGUUUGGCUACUUACUCACAGAGGGCUGACGACACUUCGUCAGGCAUUCCUUCCGAUGUGAAACUGUUUGAUGUAUUCUCAGACCAAGUUGCUGCAAUUAUCCAAUGCCGCCAAGAAAUGCCUCUGGAAGAUGUGGUAUCACUGCAGGUUUCGUUAGUCAACUUAGCUCAAAAAUGUUAUCCUAUGCGUGUAGAUUAUGUAGAUAAAGUUUUACUUACCACAGUACACAUAUUUCAGAAGCUUAAUUUGGAUAGGGUUGAUUACACCAGUCCUGUUUCUCGAGAAUUAAUGAGACUGAUGAAAAUCCCUGUGGAUAAUUACAACAAUCUGUUGACUGUCCUACAGCUGCAGCAGUAUGCUCCCUUGAUGGAAUACUUUGACUAUCAUGGCCGUAAAAGUUUGGCUGCUUAUCUUGUGGCAAAUGCACUUGACAAUGAGACACUAAUUCCCACUCAAGAGCAGGUGGAUACUGUUCUCACUAUGAUCAGUCCUUUGGUCCAAGAUCAGUCUGAUCAGCCUACUGCUGAAGAAGAUCCGGAAGACUUUGCCGAGGAACAAGGUCUGCUGGGCAGAUUUAUUCAUCUACUACGGUCUGACAUUCCUGACCAACAGUACCUCAUCUUGAGUACUGCACGAAAACAUUUUGGUGCUGGUGGAAACAAACGUAUAAAAUACACCUUACCACCAAUUGUAUUUCAGGCCUAUCAACUAGCUUUUAAAUACAAAGCACUCAAAGAUGAGGAUGAAAUGUGGGAGAAAAAAUGCCAGAAGAUAUUCCAGUUCUGCCACCAAACUAUAACGGCAUUGAUCAAAGCGGAGCUUGCUGAGCUCCCAUUGCGCCUGUUCCUUCAGGGAGCAGUUGCUGUUGGUCUUAUGGACUUUGAGAAUCAUGAAACAGUUGCAUAUGAGUUCAUGUCUCAGGCAUUUUCUCUUUAUGAGGAUGAAAUCUCGGAUAGCAAAGCUCAGUUAGCGGCCAUCACACUGAUUGUCGCCACUUUUGAGCAAAUGGCUUGCUUUGGUGAAGAGAACCAUGAACCUCUGCGCACGCAGUGUGCGUUGGCUGCUUCCAAGUUGCUGAAGAAACCAGAUCAGUGUAGGGGGGUGGCCACAUGCGCCCACCUCUUCUGGUCAGGCAAAAGUUUGGCAUCACGUGGUGAAGAGGUGAGAUAUCAUCCGGUGCUUUCAGUCAGUAUAGGUGCAAUGCAGAAAUCUGUUAAUGCAGUUCUAAUCCAUGAUGGAAAACGUGUGCUGGAGUGCCUGAAGAAAGGAGUGCGUAUUAGUAGUCAGUGCAUGGAUCCUUCUGUGCAAGUACAACUUUUCGUGGAACUACUCAACCAUUAUAUUUAUUUUUAUGAGAAGGGCAAUGAUCAGGUGACUGUAGUAAUGUUGAGCCAACUGAUAGGUAGAAUCCGUGAAGAACUUCCAAACUUAGAGGCAAACGAAGAAACAGAACAGAUUAACAAGCAUUUCUCUAACACGUUAGAGCACCUUCGCAGCCGUCUCGAGUCUCCAGAAUCCGAAGGACUCUCCUAUGAAGGCCUAGUACUGUAGCCAGUGGAUUGUGCAAAGGUGCCCAUCCAGGGUCCUUGAAUAGCAGAAGUAGUCACUUGACAGUUGCUGUACUAAGCUGUUUGCUGAGUGCCACCUGUGAUCUGGUCAGGUUUUGUAGCAGAGCUCUUGGUAACGUAUCUGUAAUGUUGUGCGUUAAACAGAUUGAAAAUAUACUUUCUAGGAUGUACUUUUUCAUAGUUGGUUGUCUUCUCUUGGCCAUACUACUUGUCAGUGAGAAGUUGAGCAGGGCACUGUGUGUGAGUGGUGCAUCUCAUAUGCUCUGCACAUUAGACGAUUGCACUUCAACAGAUGACCAGCUUGAUGUAUGUGAUGAUAGACUGAAGACUGUUGAUGUCCAGAUAUCUGUAUUGUAAAUUGUUGGAACAUCUGUCAAGUGACACCUUUUGCAAGAUUGUAUAGAUCUGUCUUACUUCGUAGUUAAGUCACCUUUACACCACUGUUCAUGACAGGAAGAAGUUGGUUUCACAUUCUGCUCAGACAUAUCAGCGGACAGCACAGUCUUGCCAUAUUUCAGAUUCACUACGAGAAUAUUUUUCUUCUUUCUGUGUUUUCAAAAUGAGUUCAUGAAACAACUUACGAAAUAGGAUGGAUGCCACUGUCCAUGCUAGUGUGAGAUUUUGUUUGUCAUCUUCCUGCAGUUAAAACACAGCUCUCUACUGCAUCAUGUUAAAGUUAAUUAUUAAUGAAACCUCAAAACGUGUGAAAGUAUUCACUUUGAGGUGCAUCACCAUGAUCAUGUAUCAUACAUGGUAUCUUAUUCUUUCUGCAAGUACUGGAAUUUGUAUUGCAGUUGUAUCAAAAGAUAUGUAAUUUCCUACUUGCUAGUUCUGUUGAACUGAUCUUGAAGUGUACAAUAACUUCCUUUUUAGCCCAUUUUAUUAUAUCAUUGGGGCUGGGAUCAUGCUCAUUGAUUCAUCAUGUUCCUAGUCACAUGCCAGCCCUAUCGAUUUAGUGCCACAUAAGUUAAAACUUCAGAUGUUUUCUCAUUGUAAUACAGUUCCUUCACUUUGCAUUCCUCUAAGUUGCAGCAUAAAAAUUCAUUUUGAAACAUUCAUGUUCAUCAUAUGAAGAGAAACUUAGAUCAAUAACAAAUAUUAGGCAAAUCAUUAACAAUGAUAAUAUCUCAUAGAUUCAACUUGACACUUGUUUCUGAUAUACACUUAUUUUUAUAAUGAGAAAAUACUUCUUGAAACACAGUACUUUCUGGAAUUGUUUUCUUUUCUCAAAUAAAUGCAAUGAAAAGUUAUCUGAAAGAAAACUAUGGAAUCAAUGAUUGCUGGCUAUUUAUCUGGAAGGAAACAAGAGUCGAUUAUUGCUGGCUGUAACAGUGAUACUUCCUUCACAUCUUUGUACAUACUGAUACAAAAAUUUACCUUGAAAGAAGCUAUUCCUUCCUGUAACUUUAUUCAUACAUAAGUGUUAUGUUCCUUUUUGUUUUUUGAAUGAAUGAAUGUUCUUGCUUCUGUGCAGUCACUAUGAGUGAUUUCUUGUUGAUAAUUGUAAUAUUUUAUUUUCUUCUGAUGCUGGGAUGAAUUAGUUGUCAUGUCAAUAGAUGUACAUAUUACAGCUGUAUAUUAUGAUCCAAGAAUUUGUAUAGAAUGUAUUUGUAAUCAAAUAUACUGAAUUAUUUUAUUUUCUGCAUCACAUGUGUUAAAACUUAUGUAUUUGAUAUAUUUAUAUAUAUAUUUCUGUAUUAUGUAAUAUAUUAUAGAUUUCUGCUUGUACCAAUGAGUAGCUGAUUUCAAGAAAAGACAUUUGGGUGUAUAAAAUGAGCAUUGGUGUAAUGGUGCAUGCCCUCACAGUACAAGAGAUGCGAUUUCUCAGUGGCUGUGACAUGGGGUUCUGAAGACGUGGAACAUAGACUUGGGUUUGUAGAUGUAAAGUGUGAUAUGAAUGAGAGAGUGACAGCAGCCUCUACUGAUUGCCUCUUCACUAGAGGUUUUUGGAUGUGUUCUGGUGUGGAAGAAUGUGAGAUGCGGACUGCUGUUCUGUUGAUUUGGAAAUAUAUUUUUGAAUUUAUCUCAAUUUUUAUGUAAAUAGCAUUGAACAGUCUUAAUAAAGUUCCAUGUAAUCGUUGACUCUAUUUUAAUAUCCUACUUGUAAGCAUGAAGGCAGAAGACAAUUUUGGGUGAUUUCAUGUGUGU